AUGGCGCAUGCAGCCUUCAAUGAGGUGGGAUCACUCGUGAACCACACCAACUUGAGAAAUACUGAUACGCGUCCGGACGACUUGACACAGGAGCAUGACAACCUUCUUCUGGGAUCACCUUGGAUAGGCAAGAAGGAUCAACACGGCAAGACUCAUUUAAUCAAAUAUGCUUCUAGCUCAGACGGGCAAUCCUUAGUAUUUUUAACAACUAAUCUAGAAACCAUUCACUACCAGAAUCCAUCACCCCAAGACAUACCCGCUGUUCCAUGGGAAGUCGAUCAUCCUUUUCUUCUGACAACUCAGGAUUUCGUUCGAGAUACAUUACCCGAUGAGCCAGGAGACCAAAUAGCUGGAUUGGUACAGCAGAUCAGUCUGAUGAUGGGUGAAAGGUGGGAUGAAGUACAGCUGCUGAUCGAGGUGGAAAACAAGGAACCGGUAGCAUACCUAAGAAUGGAUGAUUUCGCUUGGCGUUUCGUUCUGACAGAAUUACCGAGCUCUCAGGCUCUACCACUUUUGAAUCGUCAUCUAUUACACCCACUCAUGAUCCUCCUUGCUACCGAUCGAAGUAUCCCUGUGCCUUCGUUAUCAACGGCUGAGUCCAGUGCUAGGCUUAUAUCGGAUCCAGAAAUCAUGCGCGCCAUCAAGCGAGUAACGACGAAACCCAAAGCCUCGCAAGAGCCAGCGUCAUCUAGUGACGCGAUCGGCUCUCCUACUCCUCGGAAGAAGGCUGUACCACGUUCACGUCGUAAGAGCUCAACACCUGUACCUUCCUCGUCAUCAGUGCCACCUUCGUCGAUGCCACCUUCAUCACCACCAAAGAUGUCAUCUCGCCAAGCUACGUCGUCGAUACCUCCGCUGACAGGCUCAUCACCACCGCCUGCAAUGCCCGAGACAACAUUGUCAAAGCGCAAACCAAAUCAGAUUUUGGAUAAAUCUUCGUCACCCUCUGUAGGAUCAGCAAUGGACUUCAAACCGCCAACACAAGUCCCCCCGCAGACUAGUCAGAAGAGUAAAAGAGAGCGGGAGAAGGAAGAAGAAGAGGAGAUGGAAAAGAGAAUGAACGAGAUGAGAAAGAGAAUGGAGAAAGGAGCUGGGGGAAAGCUGGGUAAAAGGAGAUUGGCUAGAUAA